AUGACGCAAAUUUGUUUUUGUCAGCGAAGGGAUCGGUCGUCGACUGAUUUACAGUUCACCUUGCGCGCUGUUUUUGUAGCAAAAUAGUGCGCGUCAGUUAUUUACGUUUUUAGACCUUGUUGUGAUUCUAUUAUAAUUACAGUGAGGCAGGCUUCGCCGUUAUAUGGUUAUUAGAUUGUUUUAAUGAAUAAAUCAACUCGGUCGAAGUUCUUGUUAUUGUUACACUAGGAAGUUGUUGUUAUUGCGUUUGAUUCACUUGGAAGUUGUUUUGUAGAAUUUUUUAUAGAGUGUACACCUGUUAUUAUUGUCAUAGAUGUAUUCUACAGUAAAGUUGCAUUGAAAUGAAAUAUAUAGCGAAACCUAUUGAAAUCAACAAAAAUUAUUUUGCCCUCCAAUAUUAUUUGUCUACAGUAAUCAAUGAAUUUCUGUCUAUUAAUAGUUUGUUACCGGUUGAUAUAAAUCUUUCCAUGCUAAUAACUAUGCAGGCAUACACGUUAAUUAGAAUACUUUUGUUAUUUAAUUCAAAUUAUUCAAGAUGCUUGGUUAGAGAAAAUUGCAUUUUAUACGCAUUUUAAAUGAGUUGUAUACACAUGACCUCUUCUGUUUAUCCAUUUGUGGAUGAUGACAUUUGUAUGUACAGAUGCAUGAUCUCGUUACACGCAGAUUAUUUGAUAAAUAUGUAUUAUUGAGCAUAUAUACAAAUAGAUAAAUGAACUUAGUCAUGUUAAUAUACCGGUAAUGCUCCUGCCAGAUGAUUUCAGAGCCUACAGCAAAUUAAAAGUGGAUAAUCAUCUUUUCAACAAAGAGAACAUGCCCUCUCAUUUUAAGAUCAAAGAAUAUUGUCCAUUAGUAUUCAGAAAUCUAAGGGAAAGAUUUGGUAUAGAUGAUUUGGACUAUAAGGAAUCUAUGACAAGAUGUCGGGCAUUUAAUCCUUCACAAACAGAGAGGCAUUUGGAUUUGACUGGAAAGGCUCGUGAAUUGGUUCAGCGCUCUGCUACUGCUCCUUCAAUAACUCUUUCUCCUGCUACUCCUGUUUUUCCACAAAUUCCAGUCCUAAAUAAGCCGCUACGUUCCUACAGUUUUAAACCAAAACGUCUGAGAUCACAGCCAAUACUGGAUGACCCUUCUGGAAAAAGUGGUGCAAAAUUUUACCAGUCCUACGACAAAUUGUUUAUUAUUAAAACUCUUACCAGUGAGGAGGUAGAAAGGAUGCACUCGUUUUUGAAACAUUAUCAUCCGUAUAUUGUGGAAAGGCAUGGGAAGACAUUGUUGCCACAAUACCUUGGCAUGUACCGUUUGACGGUGGACGGAGUCGAACAUUAUGUUGUUGCCAUAAGAAAUGUAUUCUCGAAUCACUUAACAACCCACAAAAAAUUCGAUUUAAAAGGUUCAACCGUGGAUCGCGAAGCAUCCGACAAAGAAAAAGAGAAAGAUCUGCCGACUUACAAAGACAAUGAUUUCGUGAAAGAGGGAAUGAAAAUUUAUAUCGGUGAAGAAGCAAAGACGAAACUCAUAGAGACAUUAACUGCUGACGUUGAUUUCCUAACACGAUUGCACUUAAUGGAUUAUUCUUUGCUGCUCGGUUUACACGAUUGUGCAAGAGCUGAACAAGAAAAUAGAGAGCGCGCAGAAAGAGAGGAAGAAGAGGAAAAUCAUGAAGACGAAGAGGAUAGUGAGUCUGGGAGUGGAUUAGAUUCUCGAGGUCCGAUGGGAGACCGUUUAUGGGGUUGGAGUGGCGUUGCUGGAAUGGCAACACCACCUGAAUCACCUCAUGCUCCAUUAAACCGUGACACCAGUCUACAGUACGAAGAUGCAAUAAUUCCUGAAUUAGAUAUUUAUGCAAUUCCUAGUAAAGAAGGUGCACCUACGAAGGAAAUUUAUUUUUUAGCCAUAAUAGAUGUAUUAACUCAUUACGGUGUCCGUAAGCAAGCAGCGAAGGCAGCUAAGACAGUGAAAUAUGGUGCUAACGUCGAUGGUAUUUCAACCUGUGAUCCAGAACAAUACGGCAAGCGAUUUAUAGAGUUCAUGAGCAAAGCCAUAGAAUAAGUUCGUUGUUCGUUGUUGCUAUGCUUGUAAAUUUGGAUCGCUCGUUUGAAAAUCGUGACGGUACUGUCGCUUUCAACUGACAAAACAUCGUUGAUGUUUUCGCGUUCACGAAUCAGGGGAGGUUUUAGUGCAUCGAAUGGUCUAUUCGUUGCACGUGAUGUUUGACCACAAAGGUGUGUGCGUUUUCACACGGUGCGUCAGUGAUGACGCUUCACCGUCAAGUUGUCUCAGUAUUCCUUAUGACAUUCACAAUGGAAUUAGAAACGUAACAAAUGAAUUUCACGGCCCGCCGAUGUAAAGGAGACCUUUUAAGAAUUUUUUCCCGGAGGAAUGUUUGUUACCUUUUAUAACUAGUGACAUAUUUUCUCAGUAUUCGCUUACGAUGUUUCCACAAUCACGCUCAUUCGACUAUAUGGUUCUUGGUUUCCUGUUUUCGUGGAGUUCUGUCUGUGCUUUCAUUUUUGAAUGCAUUAUGUGUACAGACACGCGAAAGCUGUAGAAAUAUUGGAAGAACUAAUCGAGUACCUUGGUUAUUUUAUCAAUGAAACGUUACUUAACAUUAUACUAAAAAAACGAAAAAAAAAGAGAGAGAA